ACAAUUCUUCUUAGCCACAACUUUCCAUAACUCAACAAUAUACAUAAUCAUCAAAAACAAACAAUUCAAGGAAAACUUCCCUCCUUACCAUAAAUAAUAAUAGUAGUAUAAUUUUAGUGUAAAAAUCUUGAAGAAAGCCCUACAAUACAAGGCUACAACAAUCCCAAUUUCUCCUCGUCGGAGAUUUCUAAGUAAAACCCUAGAACUAACCAUUAUAUAUAUUAUAAUACAAAUAUAUUCAUCCCUCCCUCUCCCUGUGUCUUACUCUGUCUUCUCUUCGAACUGAUCUGAGAUUUUUGAUUCUGCUUCUCUUCUCAUCUUCUCCCAAGGUAGAGAUGGCACUUGAAUCAAAUGCUCCAGUGGUGGACCCAAACACUAUUGGCAAUUCUUUUGUUGAGAAAUACUACAACCUCUUGUAUAAGUCACCAUCGCAAGUGCAUCAGUUUUAUCUCGACGAUAGUGUUUUAGGCCGUCCUGGUUCUGAUGGAGAGAUGGUUUCUGUCAAAUCCUUGAAAGCUAUCAAUGAGCAGAUUAUGUCCUUCGAUUACGAAAUCUCAAAGAUUCAGAUUUUGACUGCUGAUUCCCAAGCAUCUUACAUGAAUGGAGUUGUGACUCUAGUCACAGGUUUACUAACCGUGAAAGAGGGGCAAAGAAUGAGAUUUUCUCAAUCGUUUUUCCUUGUGCCGCUGAAUGGAAGCUAUUUCGUUCUCAACGAUGUCUUUAGGUAUGUUGCUGAUGAGAUUGUUGAACCAGAAGCUAACAAGAAAGAAGUCGAGGAGGUUAUUCCUCAAGUGGUCCAACCAACAGAGCAGGUAGAUGAAGUUGCAGAGCCGGUUACUAUCCCUACCCAACAACCCGAGGCGAAACAGACAACCGAAAAUACAGUGAAGAAACCAGAAAGAGCUGUAGCAAAUGGACAUCCCAAAACACAGGAGGAUAAUGUUGUGAACGAUAAAAGCAAUGGUGUUGAUGCUCCCAAGAAAUCAUUUGCACAUAUUGUCCAAGAUUUGGCUCAAAACGGUGCUACAUUCAAUGCCAAAGCUUCUCCUGCAAAGCCUAAGUCUAAGCCUGUUACAAAGCCGAGUGCUGCUCGUGAAUCCAAAGCUCCUGCUCCUGUUUCUGAACACUCUUCUGCUGCAACAAUCGACCAACAAGCUGAGGGUUAUACGAUAUUUGUUGCCAACUUGCUCAUGGACGCUACACCAGAGCAACUAAAUGAAACAUUCAAAGGUUUUGGAGCUAUUACGAAAGAUGGUAUCCAAGUGAGAAGUUACAGGCUCAAGGGAAACUGUUUUGGCUUUGUGACAUUCGCAUCUGCUGAAGCUGUGAAAUUGGUCCUCCAGGCUCACAAAGAAUCAGCCAUCAGAAUCGGAAACCGAAGAGUUUCAAUAGAAGAGAAACGAGGCAACAACGAUAAUGGAAGACCCGCAAUGCGAAACGGAGGUUAUAGGAACGACAACGGUUACAGAAACGAUGGGUAUAGGCCUCGAGGCAACGGUUCCAAUGGAGGUCGAGGCUAUGGAAGAAAUGGAUCUGAGAGACGGGGUGAAUCACGCAAUGGUGAGGCUCACAAUGGUGAUGGCAAAGUUCAUCAGAACGGUACGGUAGAAGCUAGCCGUUAAAAUACUCAAUCCAGAGGCUAAACAAGUUUGAAGUCAUUUGUUAAACUCUGUUGUGUUAUUGUUGUUCAUUUGAAAUUGAGGUUUUAUAGGAAGAGAUAGUGAGAGGGAGAGAGAGAGAUUAGAAGUUCUUUUGGAGUAGGUUUAUCUCUUAGGUGAUAAUCCCUUCUUUGAGAUUUUGUUUGGGAUAACAAAAAUUUGAUGAUUACUUUUACCUUCCAUUCUGAAUCAUCUUCAUUUGGUCCGGUUUACACAUAACCAAAAUUAAUCGGAAGUUCGUUGUCAAUUGAUUGAGACAUCUUUUAGGACCAAACCGAAUAAAAUAUUUUCUAGUGAAAAAAAC